GUCUUUGGGUCAUCUCCGGGUCCUGACAAUGUUUCCCCCUCUACCCUCAAGCUCUGUGUCAAACAACUGGCACCAGUUUACACAGACAUUUUCAAUUGGUCCCUGCAAACCUGCGCUGUCCCUGCCUGCUUCAAAGUCUCCACUAUUGUUCCCGUACCCAAAAAGCCAAGGAAUACUGGUCUUAAUGACAGGGCCUGUCGCACUGACCUCUGUAAUCAUGAAGUCCCUUGAAAAACUUGUGCUGGCCCACCUGAAAAAUAUCACAAACACCCUGGACACCCUGUAGUCUGCAUGCCGUGCAAAUAGAUCAGUGGAUGACGCAGUCAACCUGGGCCUGCACUUCAUGCUCCAGCACCUAGACUGCCAGGGGACCUAUGCAAGGAUUUUGUUUGCAGAUUUUAACUCUGCAUUCAACACCAUUGUGCCAGAGCUACUACACUCGAAACUCUCCCAGUUGACUGUGCCUGAAACCCUCUGUCUGUGGAUCACCAACUUCCUGAUUAAAUCCAUUCCCAACUUCUCAAAUCCACAUCUGCAUGCAGCAAGACCCAAGCUGCAUUUAGCCAUGGGCUGGCAAGUGGCAAGUAACAUUCACGCCAUGGAAAUGCCAGACAAUGGUCAAGAAAAGUUUCUAACCACUAUCUCCAUUUGCAUUGCCAUUUCAGAGGCUCCCGCCAUCAAUCCUAGGGGGUCAUAAUUCACCAGAAACUUAACUGGAUUAGUCACAUGGGUUCCCUGGCUGCAAGAGCAAUUUGGAGACUGUUGUAUCCUACACACAACCGCCUGACAACCCACAGCCUUUUCAAGCACUAGAAGGCAGGAAUUGGGAGUGGGAUGGAAUGCUCUCCAUUUACAUGGAAAAACGGAACUGCAGUUACUGGUUUAUACCAAUGAUAGAGACAAGAUGCGAGAGCAUUGUCUAUUUCAUUUCAGACUCUUUCGCAAUCACAUAAUGCUUGUCGCGUUCUUCGGUUGAACUGACUUCGGGGAACCAUCUGGAGAGAUUCCGGGUAAAAUGUUGGCCGUGCAUUUCUGAUUUCACAAAACCAUCCCCUCUACCAACAUAGACACAAAAAGCUGGAGUAACUCAACGCGUCAGAUAGUAUCUCUGGAGAAAAGACUAUUCCUUCUAUCGAGAGAUGCUAUCUGACCCGUUGAGUUAUUCCAGCUAUUUGUGUCUAUCUUCGGUUUAAACCAGCAUCUGCAGUUCCUUCCUCCACACUCUGCCAACAUUGCUCUGGGGAAAUGCUGCUUCCGAUCCUUGUUUUUUAAUAAAACUUUCCCUCCCUCCGACCCCCGACUUCAUACUUUUGGUCUUUUCGGGCAUAAUUUGCCUUCAAUCGACUUCCAUGUACAUUUGUGUGAGGGGACUGUGGUUGCCCGUUUUGUUCUAUACAGAGGCGCUGAUAGUAUUUUGAUCUAGAAAACCGUGUUAUGGGGUCGUCAAUUUGAAUUGAGUUCAGACGUGAAAUGCUAGAGAGUGAACAGAAGUUUAAUGUGUUCAUUUUAAAAAACGACGCGACCCGAAACAUCGUCUGUCUAUUCCCGUUACAUAAACUGCCUGGCCCGCUGAGUCCUUGCAACACUUUACGUUUUACGGUGUAUACGUGUGUCUUCCUUUAUCUCUGGGGUAUCCAAUAUGAUCAGGGGGGAGGUGGUUAUCUUCCCCACUCCGGACGCAGCGAUCCCUCCCCUCUGUACGAUCCGCGUCCGAAUCCUUGAGUGGGGGACUCUGUCACUCAACAUAAAAUGGGAUGAGGCUUAGAUGAAACUCCCCUGCUGUCACAAUCCGGUGCAGUCCAGGCAUGAGAUAUAAAAACUUGUCAACAGUUGCACCUGCAAACCGAGCAGCAACUUGCUGGCGAGGGGAGGAGGAGAGACCUCCGAUGCUGGAAGAGGCGUCGGAAUUGAGUCGCAGCCACCCGCCAGCACAAGAGAGUCGGGCUCCUAUCUAUCUCCAAGCUGUCCAGGCUGCAGACCCGCGGGAUGGCGAAUGUUUCCAAUAGUACUUUCGGCUGCGAUUACGUGUCCUGCCCUCUCUUCCCCGUCUCCACCUUGAUCCCAGUGACAGUAGUCUGCAUCGUGCUCUUCAUUGUCGGGGUCACUGGUAAUGCAUUGACUGUGCUGAUCAUCCGAAGAUACAAGAACAUGAAGACCACUACCAACCUCUACCUGUCCAGCAUGGCGGUGUCGGACCUGUUGAUCUUCCUCUGCCUGCCUUUCGACCUGUACCGCCUGUGGAGGUACAAACCUUGGCUCUUCGGGGAUUUCUUGUGCAGGUUUUAUCAGUACAUCAACGAAGGUUGCACAUACGCCACCAUCCUGCAUAUCACAGCUCUGAGCAUCGAGAGGUACCUGGCCAUUUGUCUGCCUCUCAAAGCCAAGGUGCUGAUCACCAAGCGAAGAGUCAGGUCAGUCAUCGCGCUGCUGUGGACUGUCGCCCUGGUGUCCGCCGGACCUUUCUUCUUUUUGCUCGGCGUGGAGCAAGACAUGUGCAUACAUACCGAGUACGCCGUCAACUCGGGUAUCCUCGAUAUCAUGAUCUGGGUCUCAACCGUCUACUUCUUCUUCCCCGUGUUCUGCCUCACUUUCCUCUAUGGUUUCAUAGGGAGGAAACUGUGGAAAAACAAGGACGACAUCAAGGGUCCCAAUGCUGCAAACAGGGAAAAAUAUCACAAGCAGACAGUCAAGCUCUUGGCUGUUGUUGUCUUGGUGUUUGUUGCCUGUUGGUUGCCUUUCCACAUUGGUCGUAAUCUUUUCUCCAACCUCUCGAGGAGUAACAGCCUCGACCUGUUCGUUUUCAGCCAGUAUUUCAAUGUCGUCUGCCUGCUGCUAUUCUACUUCAGUGCCUCCAUCAACCCCGUUCUCUACAACCUCAUCUCCCGAAAAUACAGGACGGCAGCGCGAGAAUUGCUGUUUUCUCGAAAAGUCUCGACAUGGUCCAUAUCCAGCAACAGGGAGACCAGGGAUGACACUUUAGGCGGCACCGAGACCAACACGCGUGUCUGAAGGAGGCCAGAAGUGUGUUGCAUGAACAGUGAAUUCAAGGGAAUCAUUCCAAAUGUUGUAUUUCUGGAAACCCUCGUUCUCCUU